AUGCUGAACAUCUCAGCAAAGGAGUUUGUGCCAACGGCAUCGCCGAAAACGGCGGCCGCAGCUACUACAGUGCCGCCCGCCAGGGACAGCGCUGCAGACUCAGGAGGCUACUGCAUCACAAAGGGGAAUGGAACGACAGCAAACGACGUUAGCGACCGCCCCGCAGGCAGCUACGCUACCAAGGCUCAACUAAGCCCGCAGGCACCUGAGUUCGUUCCGCGGAACGUCGGCUGCAGCAGCUGCACGGCUGGUGCUAAUUCCAAGAGCUGCCUUCUGGAUUCAACUGCUUCUGACCCUCCUCGCAGCGUCCUCACACCGCCGCGCAGCGAUAGCACCCUGAGCAGUAGCAUUGAGUUUAGGGAGGCUGAAGCCUGCUGGAGUGCGGGGGAGGGGUACAGCGUUGAGGGCCAGUGGUACGGGGAGGAGGGUCAGCCGGGUCUUUGUGACGGUGUGGCGUACGACAUGACCAAUGUAAACGGCUACUGCGGCUACUACUAUCAGGGGAUGGAUCAGCAAGAGCAAGUGGCGGACCAGCAGGGGUAUGAUGGAUGCAUCGGCGGUGGUUACGUUGUUGCGGCGACCGCCGUCACGCAAGGCGGGGAGUCGAACCCAUGCGAUGGCACUGCAACUUGUGUUUAUGACCCAUACGCUUAUAGCCUGUACGAUGGCUAUUCAGUGCCGUACAGCGGCGCGGCGGCGGACACCCUGGGAGCGGCAAUGUAUUACGACGUGCAGUACGCGUAUGACGCGUCGCAGCCGUACGAGUCGUACCGUCAGGAGGCUUACUAUUGGGACGAGUCUGCUGGCGCGUACGUCUAUGGCGGUGCUCAGUAUGGAACCGAGGAAUAUAGCGGCUGGCAGUCGGCAUCAGCUUUGCCGCCAUUCCAGCAGCCACAACUCUCCUGCGAUGAGUUGUCUGGGGCGCCAGCCGCGAAUACGACAGCGGCGGCGGCGAAGUGGGCGUCAUCUGCCGUUGCUCCGGGCGCUGACGGCGAACUGGGUCUGGCGGAUGAGGAGCUGCAAUCUCUGGCUCUCGCAGACGCGACUGAGCUCUUGGAGAUGUUCUUUCCUGCGUAUGCUGGCGAGGCUCUCACCCGCCUACUAGAGCGCACCAAUGGCGAUUUCCUGGCAGCGUUUUCAGAGCUAGCUGCUAUGGAGGGGAAUGUGGGUGCGGAGAGAGCGGCGGCGGGCGGCAGCAAAUAUUCGCGCAGCAAGGGCGUCAGCGGCGGCAAGGGCCCUGGAGCUGGCGGCAAGGCGGCGGCCGCCCGGCGGUCUGGCGGCGGCGCGGCAACUUUUAAUCUAGACUUGGAGGCUUCGCCCCAGGCCGGCUCCGCAUCUACGGGCGCUGCUAUGGAGGACGGCGACCAAAUCCCCCAGGAGCCCUCCGCCUCCUCAACGGGUGGCUCCAACCUUUCCGCAUGCACCUCUGCACCUGCACCUGCCGCCGCCGCGGCCCCCUCUGUUUCGUCCUCCAAGCCCAAUUUUGCGUCCAUGCUCCGAAACUCUCCUUCUGCUCCAGCUGCGGCCUCAUCGCCAGCACCGCAGCCGUUAUCGUCGUCGAAGGCGGCAGCCGACGGUGGUGGCUGCAGCUCCAGCGGCUACCGGACCGCGGGCAAGGCCUCGGCAGCGGCGGUUCCCUGGGUGUCUACGGGCGAGGCGGUGUCUGCCCAGUAUGCGGAAGAGCGGCGCGAGGCGGCCAUGCUUGCCCGGGCGCGCAACCAGUGCUUUCAACAGGCCACCCUGGCUUACCUCUCCGGCAACAAGGCGCUUGCCAAGCAGUUGGGCCGCAGGGGUCGAGAACUGAACGAGGCCAUGAAGGCGGCGCACGCAGCUGCCGCGCGACGCAUCUUUGCGCAACGUAAUGGCGCCGCUGCCUCGGGGGCGAACACCCACAAUAAGGGCUCCAGCAGCCACCACCAACAGCAACAUGCGCGGCGGCAGCAGGCCAGGCAGCAUCACGUGGCUGGGCGGGAGUCAGCAGCGGCCACCUUCUGCGGUUCCGGUGAGAGCCAUCAUCAAGGGGCCCAGCAGCAGCAGCAGCAGCGGUCGGGGAAUACGGCUGGUGGCGAGGCGAUGUUUGUGGACCUGCACGGGCUUCACGUAGCAGAGGCAGUGGCGGUGCUCGAGGCGCAGAUUGAGGCGUCAAGGGCAGCCGGCUGCCGCUUCCUGCGCGUUUGCACGGGGGCUGGGGCCCACACUAAGACGCACGCCCGGCUGCCGGCUGCGGUGGCAGAUGCGCUUCUGUCCAACCACCUCACCUUCAAGACCUUGAAGCCUGGAUUGCUGGAGGCGCAGCUGUGAGGCGCUACGAGGGUCAAAAAAGGAAGCGCUGCUGCGGUUUAGGACAAAUUACAGUUUGGCGCGGCCAUUUCUUUGGCCUGGGUGGCAGGGGAAAAGACGCGCGGCGAGCGCCGUGAGUUUCAGCGCGGUGGUCGGCGCAGCGAUUAUGUCGAUGAUGAUGGUAGAUGGCACCUUGCCUGGAUCUGGAAUUGCAUACAUAGAUUGAAAUGUUGGAUGCGAGCGGGCUGGCGAGCGGGCGGACGGACGGGCGGGCGGCGUCUUUAGCAUAGUAAUUGAUGCUGUCCCUAUGAACUCCUUUUUCCUUCGCAGAGUGCUGUCCCGGCAAGUUGGGCUUCGAUGCGUUUUGUGAACUGGUCGUAGCGGAUGGUAGAAUGAGUUGGGUUACGCCUGUUGGUGGUCUGCGUGUGGGGCUGGUUGCGUGUCGGCUUACACAGCUGUUGCCAUCUGGGUCAGCAGUUUUAGCAAGUGCCAGCGCGUCUGUGUUCUCUGAUACAGCUACUCUGCGGUCCCUGUAGCGUGCAUAUACGGUUCUGCUCCCGGGAUAGAUGCAGGCGCUCGCGUACGACCGGAGAGAAUAGUUGUUGCUGAAACGUUUUUGUUAGUUUGCUUAGGGUCUCAUCAACCUCCCGAGUGGCAAGUUUACUACGGAGACAUACAGCACGCCCAUGCGUACACGAGAGCGUGCUGAGGACCGGGGUGGGCAUGGUUGAUGGAUGCACAUGAUUUAGUUAAUUGGACAGGCAAUUGUGGUAGGUAGGACCGUACAGCGGAAAAUCUAAAAUGGGUUAAGCCUGAUGACACCCACCGUCGAAGACGGCACAAGUGGCACAGCGCAUGUGCUGUAGUAGGGUUAGGCUUUAUUGCGCGUGUCAGACAUUAAUACAAGCGUUUCCAGGCAUAUAUUCGGCUUUGUGAUAGAGAAAUCUCAGCGGUAUGUUGGGCGACUCAGGCAAUCAUUAUGACGUUGCUUGGUCCACUUUUUGGUUUAUGGCAGGUAUGCAAGGAUUGCUUGUGUAUAGAUGUGUAUGGCGUCUGUUUCAAUGUUGAAAACUUCGGUUGUGACGUUGUUCUCUUUCGUCGUGCUAUGCAAGCCCCUGGGCACUCCUAGGAUACAGACGCCCAACAGUAGUUGGAUCGAAUGAUUUGGGGACAUUUGUAAGCGUCUGAAUGG